CGCUUUUUAGAGUUAACAAUACCUUCGUCUCCGGAAAAAAAAGUGCAAUGGACGUCGAAGGAUAUGUAAGUACUCCAUUACGCAAGUCAAUUCUAGACAUUUCCACGUGAAUGGAGGGAGGCGCUGUCGUCUGUCGCUCGAAAAACGGCCAUUUUCACGACGAGCAGUAAAAGGCAGAAAGGCAGCGAAGGUGUAUUGAGAAUUAUUCGUUCGCUAUUGAUCGUUCGGAGCAAUUUUUCGAAUCCUGAGCGCUAGCUCGAGUUACUCCUCUCCACUUUGAUAGUACGCAGAUUUGACGAGGAAGAUGAAUGUCUGGUCCGGUUGGCCUGGCAGCGUAUUUGAUGAGAUUGAUCAGAUGAUGCCUCAGUUUGGCUUCCCAUUUGGUCGCGGAAUGCUAGAACCUUUGCAUCCAAUGAUACAGCCACGGAUGGGAACAAUGCAGCCAUUCUUCUUUAGAGAUAUGAUGAACUUUGAUUUUCCUCCUGUUUCAACAUUGGGCAGUAAUUCUCACUCAUUUAUGCGCCAAUCCGUAGUAUCUAUGUCCAGUGGUCCUGAUGGACGUCCAGAAAUUUAUGAAGAAACUAUGUCAACGACAACAGCACCUGGCGGCGUAAGAGAAACUAAAAAGACUGUAAGGGACUCUCGUACAGGAACUAAAAAGAUGGCUAUUGGUCAUCAUAUUGGUGACAGAGCACAUAUUCUUGAAAGGGAGCACAACAUGAGAAGCGGAGAAUCAGAAGAACGACAGGAGUUUAUUAAUCUUGAUGAAGAUGAUGCUGAUAAUUUCAAUCGCGAAUGGCAAACACGUACACGAGGUUCUGCUGUCAAUGUUGCUGCAAUCGGUAAUGGUUCUAACCUAAAUAGAAAUCGAGCAGAUGUAAGACAAUUGGCUCUACCGUCUACCUCAGAACCGUCAACAAGUCGACAUAAACCAUUACGUGCUAAACUAAAUCCUAUAAAGGCUGGGAAGAAUGUAGCUGCCAAAUUGUCUCCAUGGUACAGGCGCAAAUAUUAAUAAGCUAAAAGCAUAGUACACAGCAGUGACACUUGCGCGACGGAAACUACAAAAGCUGCAGAAUCUCCGAAAAGAAAAGGGAAGGGAAAAGGUAAAAGUUCAAGUACGGAAGUACCUUCCACAUCUGAAUCUCGAAAGCGUGAAGCAUCAGAGGAACCGUCAGUAGUCUAUAUUCCUAGUAAAAAAAUCAAGUAGAUAAGUCACGCGGUGUCCAAUAGUGGUGAUUAGAGUAUCUCAAAUUACUAAUUGCAAUCUUAUCUCUCGCCUCUAUUACAGAUUUACCUAAGCUAAUAAAAUGUACUUUAAAUUAU